CUUGACGACAAAGUAAAGAACACACUGGGGCGACGAAGAAAGUUUGGUUUUGAUUGUUAUGCAUAUGAAACUGGUUUGCUAACAGCUCAAAGCAGAACAAUUGCUGCUUUAGACUUCACAGACUGCUGCUGAAGUUACUCAGAAGGCUGAUACCCUGACAUAUUCCUCAAGCCAUUUGGGGCCCCAGCUUGAACAAGAGUCAGCGUCCCAAAGUGACAAAUCAGUUUUUCUGGAGGGUAUCUCAUUGCCAAGAAGAAACUCCUAACUCAGUGACACUCAAGUAAAGACAGACAAAGGCACCGGCCUGUGAAUAGAAGAAAAAAUGGAAGAGUUUCCCUCUGAAGACACUUCUGGCAUUGCUCUUGUAGAGUCUUGGGUUUUGAAGGCAGGACGAGAUCAGGCCAAAGAUUUUUUAUCGCAUGCAAGCGGAAGUGAAGAUACAAGUGCAACUAAGAUUGGUUGUUCUUCAAAUGCUUUGUUGGACCAGCUAGAAGCCUGUUCACAAAAAGAAUCUAUCUCUUCAUCUGACCCAGAGAGGGAUCAUCAAUUUUCCUCAAGCCAUCCUAACCAGGAAUGUCUGCAGAAGGAAGACCAGCUAGGGGUACAACAAUGGUUUGAUAAGCAAGUCACAGCCAAACAGGACAUCUGGGCUGGAAGAAACGUUGAAGUGCAUGAGAGGAAACUACAAGAGGUGAAACUGGGCACCCAAACCUUGACUGAGCUGAAGAAGUUGUCAGCACAGAGCUGGCCCAGCAGAGACCGCCUUGCGGUGUUCAGUGACGUCUUUGAUGAUGUAUGUGAAGACUCGCCAGUAUUUGGACGCAUCCUGAGGGAAAUCAAGACAGAUUAUGAUUUAUACAUCAACCACUUGAUGGAUUCCCAAUUCCCACAGUACAACAUGUUGCUGAAUGCUUCAGUCAAAGAUACUGACAUGGAGAAGGAAAUGGAGCUGGUUUAUGCUGCAAAGGAGAUUUGCAGGCUGGAGAAAGAGGUCAGGAAAGCUCUAGAGGAGAAUAAACGAGUCCAACACAAGUUACAGAACAUUCCAGUCAUAAUGGGCCUAGAGGACAGUGACAUGAAAAAUGCACCUCUGUCCAGGCUGCAGGAUAGUGGGUCUGCCAUAAGCCACACUAGUAUCAUCCAAAUCAGGAGGCUUCAAGUGUUGAACGUACGGAAGGAGAUCCAAGAGUUGGAAGAUGAGAUUAAUGAAAAGCUGGUGUCUGCUGUUACAACUGCUGCCACAGAAAGACAUAUCAAAGACCUGAAGACUGAGGUAAUGAAACUGGUUGCUUCAAAUGAUCGUCUAAGGACCAUUAGUAAGGAAAUGAAGAACAAAAUCACUUCAGUAUUGGACAGAGAGAAGGCAAGCAAGGCUAUGAGACGGAUGCUGUGGGCUGAAAUAAACAACAAUCUCCAAACAGAGGAUGAAUAGCAAUCAUCAGCAACAAUCAGCAAGAAUCAGUUGGAGAUUUCAAAGUCAUACUGUGUGUUCAAGAUGAUGCACGUUGCAAUAAAAUUAAGUAAACAGUUUUGAUAGGUUCACUUAUGUAAUUACCUUAUCCUUUCUGUGGCUCCUCAGUUAGUAAAUGCAGCACAAAAACACUAUACAUGUUAAUAUUACUGAGUUUUGAUAAAUGAUAUGGUCUCAGUUACAUGUGUAAGUUCUUAAACUAAUGACAUAUUAAUAACUUCUUUAGUUUAUUACCAUUCAAAAUUCUUAUUUUCUUUAUUUAAAACCAUUCUGUUGCAGAUUUAAUUCAAUGUUCAGUGUCAUAUUCCUGCUGCAUCAGUCAUCUUCUUUGGGGUCUGACCUAAUCCUGUCAGAAACCAUGACAAACUCUGGAAAUAAUUUUUCCCCUCAGUGAUGGCAAGCUCCACAAACACAGAUCUUAUUGCAGUGAUUGGUCUCUAGAGGAUUUCACAUUGGCUACUUUUCCAGGUGCAAAAUAAAUGAUGCGUGCAGCAUAGACAAGAACAACACAUUGAAAUGUUAUCUCUUUAAAUAUUUUUUUCCCCCAAUCUACCAGAUUUAAAUAAUUAAAACAGUUUAAUUACAGGUUUAGUUCCAGUUUUAAUUAAACUGUAGUUUAAACAAGCAACUCUUAGCUCACAAGAAGGAAAAGAAAAUCACAUGAGUAUUGUUGCUUCCAUAUGCCUCUGAUUUAUUCUGUAUGUAAGUUUGCAUUACAAUUAGAUGAAAUUAUUUACAUAUACAAAGUGGCUGGUUCACAGCAAGAUAACUGAAGAAUCUAAGACAUAAUUCAAAUUAGUUAUAUAUCUGCCAUUUGGUAAAAAAAAAAUACUCAAAAUGACAUAUUUUUGCAGAAUUGUGAAGACAUCCAUCUGUAAACACAAGAGGGCAGCAGAGACUUGCAAGAAAAAUGUAUUACGCGCUCAGUAAUUCCAGAGGUCUGCAAUAGUAAAAGAUUCCU